CCAAAAGCUGCGCGAACGAAAAUUGCAAAUUUUGAUUGGUGACUGCAUACUAAUCGGCGACAUCGAUUGGUUAAGACCCAGCCAGCCAAAAAAAAAAACUUCGCCCAGCCCAGCCUAGCGGCCCUCACGCUCCUCUUACACACACACACACUUUUCUCUCACAUCUUAUCCCACUGCUAAAAGAUGCCCAAAGAAGCAACUCAGAAGACUAGCAAGCGCACCGACAGAGGCAGAAACAGCAAGCCCAAGAAGGAUGCCAGCGCACCCAAGCGUGGCUUGUCUGCUUACAUGUUUUUCUCACAAGAAAUGCGCCAACAGGUCAAGGACGAAAACCCAGAGGCCGGCUUUGGUCAAAUCGGCAAGCUCCUUGGUGCCAAGUGGAAGAAAAUGUCGGAAGAAGAAAAGAAGCCAUACAAUGAAAAAGCUGAGGCUGACAAGAAGCGUUACGAAGAUGAGAAAGCUGCUGCUGGCCAAUAAUUGAAAAAAAAACAAAUGCACCAUGAUUGAAGCAAGGACGUAACCCUCUCAAGCCUGAAAAAGCCGAUAUAUUUUAAUAAAUCUUAUGCAUUACUUCAC